CGCAGAAGGAAGUGAGGGGUACCAAAGUAGACUGUGUUUGUCGUCACCUCAAGUGAUCAUGAGAGGCGCUGUGCAUAUCUUCAUCAUGCUCCUUCUAGCAACGGCGUCCGACUGUGCGGUCAUCACAGGGGCCUGUGAACGAGAUAUCCAGUGUGGGGCCGGCACCUGCUGCGCUAUCAGUCUGUGGCUGCGGGGCCUGCGGUUGUGUACCCCACUGGGGCGUGAAGGAGAGGAGUGCCACCCAGGAAGCCACAAGAUCCCCUUCUUGAGGAAACGCCAACACCAUACCUGUCCCUGCUCACCCAGCCUGCUGUGCUCCAGGUUCCCGGACGGCAGGUACCGCUGCUUCCGGGACUUGAAGAAUGCCAACUUUUAGUUUGUCUGGACUCUGUCUGGAGCCUGACUGGGUGACCUCUUGCUUUACACCUGUGUGAUUUAGCUCCCUGCAACUUCGCCAUUCCCCAUCUUGUCCGUGUAUGUGCAGACAGGCAGACCUUCCGCUAUGGAAUAGUUCACCAGGGUGCAGAGAGGAGUUCGUGGCCUUGAGAAGUUGGCCAGCCCGACCUUCCUGGCUCAGACUGCCUGAAGUUGUGACAGUGUGGGCCUCCUCAGUUGCCUGCCCCUUCCUGCAUGUGCGCUUCUUCCUAAACCACACCUUUCUGGGCACUGGCCCAUGGAUGCACCACUAAAUCACAGGGUCUGUGGGGUGGAUGAUCAACUUUCUCUCCAUUUUUCUUUUAUUGACUGGCUCCUUAUUUUAGGACUGUUAAGUCCAAAGUCAGCACUUCUUAGGACACUAUUCUAAAGCGAGAGGAUUUCAGGGUCUCUUUGAGCUAGGGUGAGCGGCAGCUUAGAGGGCUCUGGGGAUGUGUUCGUGCUUGUGGUGGUGCGAGAGGUCAGCUGGGAAGGAUGGGAACAUGCAGAAACUCUAUGGAGGAGACUGGCGUGGGCCACUGCAACUCUCAGAGCCAAGCAUCAGUCCCUUUGGGUUUAUGCCAAAGUUUCGACCCACAGGCCACGUGUGCUGUGUGAUAGUAAUUUGUGUCAGUGAUGGAGCUGGCAAGGUCCAGAGCCUGAACCCUCGCCUGGGAGCUUUCUCUACAGCAGGUUUCUGGUACAGCUGACUCUUCCCACCCCGAUUCUUAUUCUAGAUACAGGGCGUCCAGCAACAUUGUGACAAAAUGUUGCCCUCUACAAAGUUCAGAAAGGAGCAAUUGAGUUGCAACAACCAAAUCUCUUUUUCAGUAAGCUUACACUUUUUGCCUUGGGCCACAUUGACAGCUAUCCAAAGCAAGCAAGCAAGCAAGCAAACAAACAAACAAAUGAACAAACUAAUGAAUGAACAAACACCAAAAGAACCUAAAACGUGAAAGGACAGGGUGCUGCACCCACUCUGGUUCUCAGGAGCCUUAAGGAGAGUUCACUGAGGUUUCCGAGGCCCUGGGUUCCUGCCCUCUACCGGUCUUUGCUCAGUCCUUAAUCCAGGGCCCACUAGCCUGGGCAUUGGACAGCACAGGGAUCUUUCUGUGCUUUUGUCCCCUUUAGACAGACAUUGUCACCUGUUCUGCUGACCUGUGCAGCUCUUCCCUGAAUGCAGACCACAGUCUCUUUCCUUUCAGGCUCCAGGCCUGGUUCCUAGAUGUAAAGUUCCUUUCUAAGUCUGUGGGCCCAUGUCUGACAGAUCUCCAUGUUCCACUAACUGCCCUCGGGUCCCAAUCCCCAGAUUGUGUCCCUCCCAGCACACAGAGCAACCCUGAAUGCAGUGGCCUACAGCCAGUGCCUCAAUGCUCCAUAGAUAAGAUACUGGGGUGGCCUAUGGAGCUCCCCUGCACAGUCACACUGCCUGUCCAUCCUAGCCUUAGGGCAGGCCACCCACAGAACUAUAGGGUGAACCAACAAUUUAAUGUGACUGUAUUCAUUUUCGUUUUUAAUGUCAUAAUUUUGAGGACUGUCUAAUGAGUCUCUACCUUCUCUGCUGUGGCAAAAGAUAGGACAGUGGAGAGGUUAGGAGGCUUAGAACAUAUAUUCAUGAGUAGUAUUUAUAUUCAGGAAUAUGCUCUUCAGAAAUAUGGAUAUAAAAAACUACCUAUAGGGUUAGUAUGCAACUAAGAAUAUAUUUUAGAAGAAUUAGGAGAGGCAAAGUUGACAUUCUUUCAAGAUCCAUCCGCAGCUUAAGUGACUGUUCUUAGGCCCAACGCUUCCAUCUUCAACUAUUGGUAUCUGGCGCCAUCUCGUGGACAAUGUGGAAGUAGCAAGGAACGUGAAGGCGAAAAGAGGACUGCAUGAUUUCAGAAAUAGACGUGGGAGUUCUUCCUGGUUUGGACUCCAUUGGAGAUCCUGAACAGUGCUUGUCAAGAAGCCGGCCUCCUGAAGGACCACAAAAACAACUCUUUAUUAACACUCUGUCCUGCUCCACCUUACAAGUGGGGAAGCCACAGUUUCCUUCCUGUGGGGUUUAGGUUCUCUAGAGCGAGAGAGCAGAUGUGAAUAAGGUCCCCAUCCUCCACCCUCUGCACCCCACCCCCCUCUGUGAAUCACCAGGAUGUAGCAGGCUCUGCAGGGCCGCUUUUGAAGCUAAAUCCCUCGGACUCCUCCCCAUCUCUGGUUCAUUUUGAGUGACUUGCUUUCAUCACUCUCUAGGUAGCCAGGACCUAGAGAUACCCCCAUCCUCCCAGGACAAAAGGGCCAGACCCAGAAGGCCAGAGGCCAGAACAGAGGCUGUGUGGGGACCCCAGAAGGCCAGAGGCCAGAGCAGAGGCUGUGUGGGGACCAACGCUUCCAGAUCUCCUGCCAGAGCCUCCUCUGUCUGCCGUUCAUCUUCAAACUCCCCUCAGUGUGGCUCUUAGCAUUCUGAGUAAGGUCCAGGGAAACUCGAGUUAGCUACUAUCUAUCCAGUUGUUACCUGGUGAUGAAAGGGCUUCUUGAAGUCCAUGUCCAGGGGUGAGACUGGACCAUGGAGGAGCAAGAGGCUCCUAAGGCUGAGGAGAAAGACCAGAGAGGGAAGAAAGGCUGCAGGGUUGGACGCGGACUCAGAGCUGACCCUGCCGAGUGGACCCAAAUCAUUGACCCAAGGUCAGCUCAGACCAGCCAAAGGGCCAACAUCGAGGCUUUGUGUGCAGUUUAUUAAAAAGCAAAAAAAAAAAAAAAAAAAUCAUACCUAGCCAUGUAGGUAGAGAGAAGCACAUGCUGGCCUAGGGUACACUAAUGGUGUCUUCUGGGAUGUUUUCCCUGACCAGGGCUGGGCACUGAAAGCAAAGAACUGACCUGGUACGAAAAGCUCCUUUCCAUUCCAGAUGAGGACAAUAUGAUGUCCAAGCACGGAGUAUCACUCAGCGCUGAGAAGACAUAAGGCACAGAUAUGCUUCAUAGCACGAGGGGCCCUUGAAUCAUUAGACAGUGGGAGCUAGUCAUAAAAGGUUACAUUGGUACAACUCCACUUAUGUGAAAACUCCACAACAGGCGAACCCACAGGGGCAGGAAGCAAGUCAUAGUUGGUUAGGAUUGGGGUGGAGUGAAGGCAGAAAAAUGGCGAGGCACUGUAAAGGGACUCAGGCUUCUUUAAGGGUGACAAGAACGUUCUAAAAUUAAAUUGUGGAGAUGGCCGUACAAUCUGUCAGCAUCGGCAACAUUGCUGAAGUGUAUGGUUUGUGAGGGCAAAUGGUGUGCUAUAUGGAUUACACCACAAUGCAGCUAUUUUGAAAGUGUUAAAAUACACAAAGUUGAAAAGAGGAAGGUUAGCAAAAGUGUCUUCCCCCUCCCCCGACUUCAGGAUCCUGAAGGAAGGACUGGGUGCGGUGCGGCAAGAAGACCCUCAGAGUCUCCUGUGGGGAAUGGGUGCGCUGGGUGCUGCGAAGUGGCUUGACUUCCCUUCAAACAGGAGGGCGAGGAGAAUGGAUACCUUAUUAACUAAAGCUACAUAUAGCGUCACGUGACCCAAACCGCAUAUAGUCAGCCCUCCGGACCCUGGGGCUCUUCAUGGGAAUUCCACCAACUGUGGAUCAAAAUAUUAAAAAGUGCAUCUGCAUUGAA